AUGAGGACACAGGCCCAGGAGCUGAGCGUGCCUGAAGUGUAUUUUAUACAAGAUUACGUUGAAUUUUACAACAUCAAACACAUCUGCAUCUUGCAAGAAGAGCUGAAACCCUGGAUCCUGAAGCUGCUACGCCAGACAAGGAGCGGUUCCUUCGUCUCUGUUUUCGGACGGAAGGAUACGACACGCAGCAGGGUUCAUAUCAACGGAUCGUCUUCUGCGUCUCCUGUUGCUCAUCGUGUGUCGACCUGCACGGGACUGAGGGUCUUGGCUGUGCAUUCGGAGCUGGACCGAGACUUGUUCAAGGAGAUAUUCACAGGCGCUGAAACGAAGGCAAAUUGGCUGCUGAUAUCUGGCGAAAACUUUCAGGAACUGUUAGAAAACGCUUACCUACCACUCGAUAAUCAGGUCAAAAUCGCGAACUUUAGCGACGUGAACGACCGGUCUUCAGCAACCCUGUGGGAGAGCUACCAAAUCGGCCCAAAUUACGACCAGCACCUCACCCCCGUGGGUCGCUGGACUCUCACGACCAGAGAUCAAAACGACCCUUCCAACAACGACUCCAGUGACGACCACGACUUCAGUGGCGACUCCAAAGGCUUCAGAGGAGAGAGCCCUUCGCCACCGGCCUCGAGGGAGAUCGCCAUACCCAACACAGUCAGUGUGAAGACGAAGGUUCUGAAGCAUGGCGUUCUAGAGGGACCUGUUGACGACCUGCUGUUUCGGAGGACGGACUUGAGUGGGCUUCAUGUCACGUGCACUAGUAUCGAUUACAAGCCUCUGAAUAUCAUCACCCACCGAGAAGACGGCACAAUACAUGUCAAAGGAAUACUGGGUAAAAUAUUCGACAUGUUAAGAGAGGUCACCAAUUUCACCUACACCUGCUACGAGGUCCCUGACAACCAGUGGGGAUCCCUGGCCGACGGGCAAUGGACGGGCUUGGUCGGCGAGGUGGCCAGUGGGAGAGCAGACCUCGCCAUCGCCUCCCUCACGAUCUCUAAGCAGCGAAGUACCGUCGUCGAUUUCCUCAUUAGUUUGGCCGUUUCGGGUUACAGAAUCGCGAUGAAACGCCCGUCCAACGCCGAUUACAUGUGGACUGUCUACACCAAGCAGUUCGAGAAGGAAGCCUGGGCCGUGACUGUAUCGGUGACCGUGGUCCUCAUGGUACUCGUCUUCGUGGUCCUGCGCCUAUCGCGUCGGGAGGAAAACGCCUCCCCGUCCAUUUCGGCGUUCACGGUCCUGGGGAUCUUGUUCGGCCAGGGCUCGAUCCUCGAAUUCCGCUCGCUUGCAGGAAGGAUACUCAUGGUCAGCGUCCUCUUCUUGCAAGUGAUCAUUCUGGCGUUCUAUACAAGCAAUCUCGUGACUGCACUUGCCGUGAGACCUUCUCCUCCGCCGUUUCAGGGGCUGGAGGACGUCCAUCAGGAUCCGAUGGUGACUUUUGGCAUCGAGAAGGGGACUGCGCUCGAUGACAUCUUCGAGAACUCGAAAAACCCUCUCUAUCAGGCGAUCUACCAGAAGCUGAAACCCGAGGACACUGUGGCCUCGACGACAGACGGGAUGCGUCGUGUCUUCCGCGAGAGAUAUGCCUUCCUCAUAUGGGAACUUUAUUACGAUCUAAAUCACCAGGGAGGCUGUGAUAACUACCUUCUACCACAGAAAUACUUCACCGACCAUGCCUCGUUCAUUCUGACGAAGGGAUCUCCCCUCACGCCCAUUUUCAACAAUGUCAUCCUAGACCUCGCCUCAUCCGGCCUCCUGUCGAAGUUCUGGCUGGAAGUCAAAGUGACCACCAACGACUGCGACGACCUGGAGACCGCCUCCUUGGAGUUCCUGACGCUGGUGACGUCCUUCCUGGUGCUCUGCGUGGGGGCGGUGGCGGCCCUCGGUUUCCUGGGCGCGGAGUGGGUCCUCUCGCGGAGACCGUGGGAAAAGUUCUGCGGGAAGGGAGAGGGUUAG